GCGGGGAGCGGAGAAGGAGAACGGCUGGAUUUCCUGCGGGACCGGCACGUGCGGUUCUUCCAGCGCUGCCUCCAGGUCUUGCCGGAGCGGUAUUCUUCGCUGGAGACCAGCAGUGACCAAGCCAGCUCAGUCAAUCAACUGGUUCUCCAGGGCAGGAUCGAGGAUUAAAAAGAAAAAGACAAUUAGAUAACACUGUAGCAUGACCCCAGCCAGUUCUGAGACUGAGGCUGACGAUCGCAUUCUUUGCGCUCUCUGGGCUGGACAUGCUGGACUCCCUGGAUGUGGUGAACAAGGCCGAUGUCAUAGAGUGGAUUUACUCUUUGCAGGUGCUCCCCACAGAAGACAGAUCAAAUCUGAGUCGCUGUGGUUUCCGAGGCUCUUCCUACCUGGGGAUUCCAUUUAAUCCAUCAAAGAAUCCAGGAACAGCUCAUCCUUAUGACAGUGGACACAUAGCAAUGACUUACACGGGUCUUUCCUGUUUGGUUAUUCUUGGAGAUGACUUAAGCCGUGUAGAUAAAGAAGCUUGCUUAGCAGGCUUGAGAGCACUUCAGCUGGAAGACGGAAGCUUCUGUGCUGUUCCUGAAGGCAGUGAGAAUGACAUGAGGUUUGUGUACUGUGCUUCCUGCAUUUGCUAUAUGCUCAACAACUGGUCGGGCAUGGAUAUGAAGAAAGCCAUCAGCUACAUUAGAAGAAGUAUGUCCUAUGACAAUGGGUUGGCACAGGGAGCAGGCCUUGAGUCUCAUGGAGGAUCCACCUUUUGUGGCAUUGCAUCACUGUGCCUGAUGGGUAAACUGGAAGAAGUUUUUUCAGAGAAAGAACUGAACAGGAUAAAGAGGUGGUGCAUAAUGAGGCAGCAGAACGGGUACCACGGAAGACCUAACAAGCCCGUCGACACCUGCUACUCCUUCUGGGUGGGCGCCACGCUAAAGCUUUUGAAAAUUUUCCAGUACACUAACUUUGAGAAGAAUAGGAAUUACAUCUUAUCAACUCAAGAUCGCCUUGUGGGAGGAUUUGCUAAAUGGCCAGACAGUCAUCCAGAUGCUUUGCAUGCGUACUUCGGGAUCUGUGGCCUGUCACUGAUGGAGGAGAGUGGAAUUUGUAAAGUUCAUCCUGCUCUGAAUGUAAGCACACGAACUUCUGAGCGCCUCCGAGACCUCCAUCAAAGCUGGAAGACCAAGGACUCUAAACAGUGCUCAGACAGUGUCCAUAUUUCCACUUGACUAACCCUGGGUAUUGGGUUUGUAGCAUAAGUGUAGCUCAAGGUUAAAAGCCAUGUGUAACCAAGUGUGCUCUUCUUUAAAGGGUGGUCUUAAAAGUCAAAAGCUUGUCCUGCUAAUACUUCAGGAUGUGCUCUUGAACCAGUAACCACUGGAUUUCAAGAAAAUCCUUGUUGACGUUUAGACAUCAACAGGGCUCUGGUAUGGUUCUUAAGUGUUUAUACUGGGUUUCUGAGAUGGUCAUGGGGCAGGUUGACAAUUUGUUUGUAGGUUAUCUUCCUAAAACCCUCUGUACAAGUUCUGGCUUGUAAGAUGGACACAAAUCUUCAAACCAAGUUUACACUUCAUAUGGCAUUGAUAAUCUUCAGGUGAACACUUAAUGAUCACUUAAAAAACCUCUACUGCUGAUGGUAAGAAAUUUGUUUAUUGAAUUAAGUUCUGGGAUUAUUCUUUAAAAAUUGACGGUCUCAUAAUUUUCUUAAAGAAUAACAUAUUUUGUGUUAUUCUUAAGGUGUGCCAACUAGACUUGUGUAACUUAUGCAAAUAAAAAAAUUAAAAGAUCAUAUAAGAAAAAAGUAGGCUUAAGUAAUACUAUAGUUUUUUAAAGGGAGAGUAUUACCUAAUUGAGGGAGAAGUGAUUGAACUGUUUAAUUAUGAAUGAAACAGUUACAUGUCUUAUUGGACAUUCCUUGGGUGAAUACCUGUUAUGUGUUGUUUUAAUCCCAAAUCAUUGACUGCCAUUUGUCUGGGGCAAAGGAAGAAACAAUCUUUGCUAUCUAGAGAAAAGACAUUCAGUGUUUUAUUCUUCUGAGAAACUGUAAAUUAUACUUGUAUGGCUAUAGCUGAGUUCUUUUUAGUUGCUUAGAUUUUUUUUUUUUUUUUUUUUUUUUUUUUUUUUUUGGUGUUUUGUGGCCACUAUAGUUAGCUGCUUUAUCUCCCAUCUACCAGGUUGAGCGUCCUUAAUCCAAAAUUCAAUAUUUGGGCCAGGCAUAGUGGCACAUGCCUUUAGUCCCAGUACUUGGGAGGCAGAAACAGCCAGAUCUCUUUGAGAUCAAGGCCAGUCUGGUCUACGGAGUGUGUUCCAGGCCAGCAGAGCUAUAUGAUGAGACCCUGUCUCGAACAACAAAACAAAAUAAUAUAAUAACAACAACAACAAAAAUAAUAAAAUCCAGUAUCUGAAAUGCUCCAGAAUCUAAAUUUUUUAACUGACACAAUUGGAAAAUUUCACUCUCUAGUGACAGGUCACAGGUAAAUUUCAGAGACACUGUAAAUAGUGUAUAAAACUACUUGAAACUAAUGAGUAAAGUGUAUGAAAUAAAUGCAUUCCGUAUUUAGACCUGGGUCCUAUCCAUGAGGUAAAAUGAGUAUGCAAAAUCUAAAACAGAAUCUAAAAUCUGAAACAUUACUUUUGGUUCCAGGCAUUUUGGAUAGUGAUACUCAACCUGUGAAUACUUUUCUAAUGUUUUUAAGUUUGGUAAAUCUUUAAAUAUAAACAGAACUACUGAAGUAUACAUAGUCAUUUAUAUUUUUAUAUUUUUGGCUAAGUGGGAGGGAAAUACAUCCAUUUAGAGGGAUAAAGUAGGGCUUCACUUACUCAUUGUCUUGUUUUAUUGUCUUAGUUCUAUGAACUAACAACCAAAAGGAGAUGGUGUAAAACCUUUGUUAGCAAUCAACAUGUCACAUUAAAUCACAUCUGUGACUUGGUGACAAGAAGGAAAUUUCUUCAGUAGAGGAAAGGGUGUGUUAGUUUUAGUAGUAAUAAGACUUGUAUUAAUCAACAGACAUCAUUGUAAAAGCUAAAUUACUAGUGUCCCUGGAUAGAUAAUAGCAUUUUCAUAUAUUCCCUAAAUUAAAGAUAUAUGUUUCCUACAUAACAGUUCUUCUAAAGGGAAACCCAGCAUAUGAUUAAAAAAAUACAUCUCUUAUCAGCAAGCUUGUCUUUAGACUUGAGUUUGUAGUGCUGGGAGUCUAGCUCGCUGCCUGAUGUGCACAAGGCCCUGGGAUCCCUGGCUUUGACCCUUGUCCCCCACAUGAACAAACCAACCAAAUCCUAAUUAGAAAUGAGCUUUACCAAGAAAUGUUAUCCUCUCAUGAGUUUUUCCAGUUGCUUCUAUUUAAUCUAAAUAUUAAUCAUUCUCGUCUCACACUGUUAUCUCCUAGACAUCGAGAGCUGAAGUAGCAUGUUGAAAUGCUAUAGGAGUAUUUCAAGGCCAGUGCUUUUCCUGAGUUGCCAUUAGUUGUUAAAAAGUAAGAAACAUGGUUAUUGCCAGGAGGUGGUGGCUCACUCCUUAAUCCCAGCACGCAGGAGGCAGAGGCAGGUGGAUCUCUGAGUUCAAAGACAGCCAAGGCUACACAGAGAAAUUUUGUCUCAAACAAUAACAAAAAGUAACUACAAAAUAAAUUUAUAACUUAAAAGUAAUUUAUAUUUUCACACUUUUUGAAUAAUUUACUAGAAAAGGAAUAUUAAUGGCAGAAUGAUUCUAAUAUAUGUAAGAGAUAAGGUUCCAUGUGAUGGACCAGUGAAUGUUCAUGUUUCAUAGAAACCAACCAAAAAAUACUGAGUUGUUAUGAAGUAUGGAAAAAUUGUUUCUAGCUUUUCCUAAAUAGUUAUGUAUAAGGAAAAUAUUUAUUAAUAAAUUAUAAGCAACAUAUAUGAUGUUUUCUAGAAGUAGUGGCAUAGUAAGAGGAAAAACACGUGGUUCAGAUGUACAGCACCAUUCGCUCCUCACCAGCCUCCCCUCCUCUUACUGUACUUUCUGAAGAAUAGUAGCAAGAAACAUUUAUUUAUCACCUAUAUUUUUAGGUUUGACCUGCAAUAUUUGUUUUUAUUAGGUUUUAAAAUAUGUGGUUAUAAAUAAUUAAGUUCAAAUAUAAAUUCUGCUGACCAUGGUUUAAUUUAAGGAGUGAUAGAAGGAGGUUAUCUGAAGCUAGAUGGUGUGCAGUUUGUCUGUCCAUUGAGCAGCAUGAUCCUGGAUCCAGUUCUGCCACUGGUAAGAUGAAGUAAUAGAGUUUCAUUCACUGAGCUGAGUCAGGAAUGAAUGAGCUAGUAUAUAUGAAAAACACUUUGGAUAGAACUUACAUCUAGCUGUAGUUUCAUGUGGUCAUAAAAGUGUAUAAUCUCUGCUACAGUAGAACUCUCACUCUCAACAGCAUUUAAACUCAAGGAAGAUGCUGCCAACGGUGUAGGGUUUUUUUUUUUUUUUCCCUAACUAUCCCUGUAAGUAACAUUAGGAGUAGCAAGUAUAGUCAUGGCCACUGCAGAACUAGGUGACAGGUGGUCCCCCAUGAGCCUCAGAAUACAAGUGAAAGAAGAGAUGUGCGGAGGCUGUAGGAGAAAGCAGCUGCAGUCUGACGCCUUGCAAAUGGGAGCUUUGCAGUGUUCUCACUUCAGAGGACAGUGGGCCAAUCCGAAAAUAAUGACAAACUCAGAAGAGCUCUACAGAAUCCUGUCAGUGGGCUGGAGGGAGGCCUGGCCUGAUAAUAUAUACCUUUUGAAAUUAAUGAGGCAAAGCACAGCAUUGGGAAGAAAUUGGACAGGAUAGGCUUGAGACAUAGAGAAGAGACAGCUAAAGUAAAUGUUGAGAGGAAAGACCUGUAAAUUUAGAUGCCUACAGGAAAUGGAAGGGAGCUAGAAAGAUGGAGCCUUUUUCUAGACCAACCCUUCCUUCAAAACAGUGACUUCGCUGGAAGUAAAACGUGAAAGUGCAGUUGGUUCCGGACGGUGAAGUAAGUGGAGCAGCUCCUCACAAACAGGAGCACGGAGACACAUGCUAGGCCCCUGGGGCAGCACCCUUGAAAAGGCAGGCAGUGAUCCCAUGGUCUCAGAAGUGGGGCACGGAGCAAAACAACACAAAGCAGAGAAAGGAGGCGGGAAAGAUGGAAAAAAGAGGCAUUUAGUCUAAAGCCAAGAAAUUCAGAAGCUUCUUGACAUGGUAAGGAUACUCAGGGAAGUGACCCGUUAGCUAACCUCUUUAAGAGACAGGAGAGACGUGUAGGAGACGUGUAGUGAGAAGGAUUGCGGGUUCUUAAACAACUGCUUACAGUUGUCUGAGGAAUCUCGCACAAAUUAAGAGAGAAAAUUUUAGAGAAGAAUAGUAAUUGAUAAAAUUUCAUACAGAGAAUACAACUGCCAUAGGGAAAUGCAAAUGAAAGGCCAUUGGCACAGACUUGGAAGAUUGAAGAGUCUCAGUGUUGGUCUAAUAAUUUCAGAAGCUAGAGAAGGGAGCUUGAAUCUUAAAUUACUACGUAAAAAUUUUUUUUCUGUAUUUACUUUGUAAAGUUGGUAUAAUAACAAUGAUUUGAAAAACACACUAAAGAUUGUGUGAAAAAGGAAAUUUUAGGUAAGUCUGGCUUGCUACUGUUUCCAGAGACCAGGGCCACAGCUCUUUCAGUAGUUUUUGCCAUUCCUUCAUGAAGGCCUGAAUUUGAUUUGCAGCACUCACGCAAAAACCUGGUCUUGAUGUUGAACACUUGUUCCCAGCUCAGAGAAGGCAGAGAGAGGCAGAUUGCUGGAGCGUGUUGAUUAGCCAGCCCAGCCUAACUGAUGAGCUUCAAAUCCCCCUGAUGGCCUGUCUAGAAAGUAAGGUGGGGCAGAUGAGCUGUUUCAGUUAGUGGGGUUCUUGCUAUCCAAGCCUGGCCACCUGAAUUUGAUUUCCUAGAACCCGUGUAAAGUGGAGGGAGGAAACCAACUCCACAGAGUUGUCCUAUGACUUCCAGAUGCACGCCUAUGGCAUGUGUGCCCCACACAAAUAAUACAUUUUAACCCAGUGUGAAAAACUGAAGAGCAACUGAGGCUGACCUCAGGCCUCCACACAUCUGCAAAUACAUGCAUAAGUAUCAAUACAAGUUAUUCAGUAACUUGUUAGGCCCACAACUCAGUAGCACUUGAAAGGAAGAAUUAAAAUCAUGGCUCAUUUGAGUUUAUGUUAGGAGUGCAAGGAUAAUCUAAUUUCAGACAAUUGUAAUAUGGUGUUAAAAGACAUUUGAUUUGAUAGAAUUAAGCACUCUUAUUAGAAACUGACAUAUAAUUCACUGGCAUGACAACUCUUCCCUAGAGGCAAGCUUCUUGCCAUUGAAACCAAAGAGCCUUUCUGACAAGCCAGGCUAUGCUCACUGUCUCCUUUACUACCUAACACCAUACUAGAGCUUUUCACCAAGGAAGUUAGAGCAAAGACACGAGUCAGGAAGAGUUCAGACUUGGCAAAGAGGAUCAUCUACUUGAAAAAACAGACCCUAAAGGAAGCUAAGUAGCUGCAGUAGUUAACAUGCAGGCAGCAGUAGGAUCUAGCAGACCUGGGUGUAGGCCCUUCAUUCCCACAGUUUCAGACUGGGGUAAGUGUCGUCAGAAAUCUCCCUCUUUCAGCAACUUCCUCCCUGCCCAAAAGUAAAUGCUAUCAGGACUGGCUUGAUCAGGACUGGCUAGGGCCACCUGUUUGUGUACAACGUGUGCUCUGUACAAGUGCAGCCAUGUGGAAUACACUGGGUUCUCCUUGGUUUCUUUGCCCUAGAAGAGAACACAAGGGCUCUCUGGUGCUGGUAGUGUUUGUUUUGAUCUAGGUGCUGGUUACAUGGGUGCGUUCUACAUUUUCUGAGUAUUUACCAAGCUGUUCAAUCAGUCAUGCUUUGUGUACUGUUCUGUAUUGUAAAUACAAUUCAAUAAAAAUGUCUAGUUUAAAAAGA